CACAAGUUCAUAUUUAACUCUUACCGGCAUUUUGCACGCAAUCCUUCAGUCAAGUUCAUCCUCGUCUAAAGCAUGGCAGAUCGUGUGACGGUUCUCAACACGGAAAUGAACAAGGAAAUGUUGGAAUAUGCCGUCGAAACGACACGAGAAGCGUUUGAGAAGUACAACGUCGAGACGCAAAUUGCAGAGUUCAUAAAGAAACGGCUAGACGAGAAGUACGCACGAUCUUGGCAUUGUGUGGUUGGAACGUGGUAUGGCAGCUACGUCACUCACGAACACGGCCACUUUGUUGAUAUGAUGUACGGAAACAAGGCAGUAUUGUUGUUCAAAGCAAACUAACACCUAAUUCAAAAAUAGAAAAUGUUUUAUUGCUUUAGAAGCUCCAACUUCAUGAAAGCUGUCCAGAAUAAAAUAUUUCAGUUUCUCUUUCUUUGGUCUUUAAU